CAAUCGCUGAGUUUUGGCCGAGACGCUCUGUUUCGCACUACGAGCCGCUUCGUUUCGCACCACAGCUCCGUGUCGCACAGCCGCUCAGAUUGUCGCACAGCCGCUCAGAUUGGUCUGCCGCUCUGUCUCGGUCAGUUAAUUUGACAGUCGGGGGACUCUGGGGACAUUGUGCGGCAGGCCGAGGCGGAAGGCGACGACGAAGGCGAGGUGGGCGGGGGCGAGGCGGAGGACGGGAGAAAAGGGGAUGGCGAUGAGCCAAUCUCCCGCCCCUGGCCCAAGGAGAGAGAGGAUCCGUUGCGUGUGCCCCAUGAGGGGUUAGGAUGGAGGCGGCGGCUCUCCUCUAGGAGGGCGGUGAAGCGGGAGGCUUGGACCUCCAGCACUAAGUCCCGCUGCACCUUGGGCGGAUCUGUCGAGGCGCGUUCCUCGCGGAGGGUGGCAGCGGCAGACGCGGGCAGUUGGGCCUCGAGGGGGGCGAAGAGGCGUGGCAGCGGUGGGCGGCUGCGGCUACCGAGGUCAGGUAGCAGUGGGCGCCGUAGCCGGCGGGAUUGGAGAUGCCGAGGCCUCCAAGGGUCGGUGGCAGGGAAGCCUGGGUCCAUACCCGCCUCUGCUCCGCCGCUUGCCUUGGAGCUGGCAGCGCGCACGCAGCUAGCGCCCUGGUGAAGAGGCGCUCCCCCAAGCACGACCAUUCCGCCUUGGGGAGGAGGUGAGGGGGAGUCGCGCGGAGGAGGUAGGAGGCGCGGCGACAGAGGCAGCGGGUGAUGAGGAGGAGGCUGGACUGGGGGUCCAGCUUCUCGAGGAGGGGGAGCGGCGCAGCUGCUUCCGCGAGGCGGCUGCGGAUGGCGGCGGAGCACGCCCGCUCGGGGCCCACGGGACUGCCGAGGACGCGGAGGCCAGAUGUAGAGAGGGAGAGGCCCUCGGGGAGGGCGGGGUCGGCGGUUUGGGAGGGGGACCACGCCUCGCACUUGGCGAGGUUGUGACGCAGACCCAGGGCGGAGACUGCGGCGGUAAGGGAGUAGAAGGCGGCGACGGCGGGGGCGGGGCGUGCGCUAGAGAGCGUCGACCCGCCCCCGCUGCCGCGCACCCCGCCCGCGUGCGCUAGAGAGCGGGGGCGCGCCGAAGGUGUGGUCGAUGUAGAGAGCGGACGGCGCCCCAUAGGAGAGACAAACGAAGGGGAUGAGAAACUCGAGGGGCGUGCCACAUCAACCCAUAUCACCCGCAUCGCCCCAUGUCACCCGCAUCAACCCAUAUCACUCGCAUCAACCCAUAUCACUCGCAUCAACCCAUAUCACUCGCAUCACCCCAUAUCACCCGCAUCACCCCGUAUCACCAGCAUCGCCCCAUGUCACCCGCAUCACCCCAUAUCACUUGCAUCACCCCAUAUCAUCCCAUAUUAUCCCAUAUCAACCCAUAUCUCCCCAUAUCACCCCAUAUCACCCAUAUCAGCCAAUAUCGCCCUACAUCACCCCAAUAUCACCCACACCAUAUCACCUACAUCACCCCAUGUCAGCCCAUGUCACCCUAUAUCACCCCAGAUCACUGAUGUUAUCCCGUAUCACCCCAUGUCACCCAAUAUCACCCCAUAUCACCCCCCACCUCACCCAUCACCGCCCACCGCUGCCCGUCAUUGCCUGUCACCACCCGCCACGGCCCAGCACUGGCUGUCACCGCCACCGCUGCUUACCGGCCGCCACUGCCCGGUGCCCGCCACUGUCAGCCUCUGCCCAUCACCGCUCGUCACCUCCCACCACCACGUGUCACUGCCCCCCACCGCCUGCCACCAACCGGCGCUGCUUGUUACCUACGAGAGGUGGGAGAUGAAGGUACCAAAACACCAUCACCAGAACACUUACUCCUCGUUAUCUUGGCUGGUGACGGUUCAUUACACCAAUGAAGUUUUCUCCUGCCCUUGCCUUCUGAUUGUGCUGAAGAGUACCACGGUAUACCGCUGCAUGAGCUGCAUGUGUACGGCAGCUUGAGAGAGAGUGGAUGGUUCUGGUUAACACUUUGCCCAUUACUGGCAAAAUCUAGUGCGGUUUGUUUGGGGCGUGGUCAAGCUGGUAAGAUUUGUAGAAAAACUGUAUGUGUACGACUUGCAUCAGACCUGAUCCGAAUGCAUCAACCUAUA